GACUACGUAGGCCCAUUUGAAUUUCGAACGUUCCUCACUGGCCAAUCGCGACCGCUUAAUUUCUUUUUCGCGGCCUUUUGCAGUGUGUUCUCUCUGUGACUUGUGUCCUGUGCUGUGACAGUUGACAGUAGUGACAUUGUUGUGUUAAUGACAAUCUGUCAUUUCGUGUUACAAGGUCGGAUGAUUUCUCACGUGUCGAUGUAAAUACCGGCACGCGCUAGAAAAACAACCCAGCUGUGGAUUGACCUACUCUCGAUUGGUCACCGGAACCAUUAUGCCUUAUACAACCAUCUGAGCGGACCUGACUCGCAUUUCAAUCGACUCUCCGUUAGCUAAUUAUGCUAGUUUAAUAGCACGCCACAAUGAUGGAGGAGGUGACACCUCGGCCAAGUGUGGAGUACAUCCCCCCACUCCCGCCAAAAGCGAAACAGAGGGCAGGAUCUACAACAUUCACGCAAAUAACCGCAGACGAUAAACUCAACGGGUUUGCCACCGAAAGCCGGAAUGAACUGAGUUCGAUGCACUCACUCGUCCUUAAUUCUAAGACACCAACUGCAACGGUAUUCGUAGCGGCGACCCAGCCAGAACGACCCGCGAACACGCCUGGCACGGACGCCCCUACUAACGGCCCUCACGUGGUAACUAUCCGAAUCAAUCCCGACGCAGACAAACCAAAAGCACCCAAAAUAUCCAGUGUCCAUCUCAAGAGUGACGUUGACUUCGAAACGUUCAAGAUAAAUGACAUCUGCAAAAAGAACAACAGUUUAGUCAGACUCAAUGUUGACGAAAGCAGACCUAAAAUCCUCGAAAAUGAGGAACUACUGAAAACCGAUAAGCCGCCUUACAUUUAUUGCAAUUCCUUUGUCAACUCCAUAACUAAUAUGGUCAUGUCGAGCGGUCAAUGCUCUCCAAGUGAUACUCUCGAUUCAGGGACUUGUAGUGACCUUGACGGUACUCCACCACCGCUGCCGAAAAAGAAAUUAUCUAAAUCUAAUUGCACAAAGAAAGCUGUGUCUGUAACGGUAAUUAGUUCAACGAAAAACAAUCAAGGCGAACUCGAUUUCGAGGAUAACGAUUCAAAUAUAUCGUGUGAUUCUCUAAACAGUACUGAGCUAAACGGCAACGUGCACGCCGACGAAAGUCAUCACAGCGAGGAAACGAGCAAAAAAGAAAAGAAAUACAGUGCAGAAACAUCUGUUGCUUCUCCGAUACUAUCGUUUGCUACCAAAGCGACCAACAUAGACAGCAGCUUUCUACCGCAAGGUUUACUUCAAGAUAUUAGAGACCGCUCAGCUAAGCUCAGUACGAUCGAAACCGAAAGUGAGUUGAAUGGCGAGCAACGGGAAGCAAACCAGAAUAUUAAUGGGAAUGCUAAUAUAUCAAAAGAAAGCGCACAACUCACAUCGUUCCGUCUAGUUUCACAGUUUAAUACUGAAGCAAAGAGAAAUGCAGAAACAGAGUCACUACCAGUAAAUUUGUUAGAAAAAGUGCCACUGAUUAGCGAGAGCACGUACGAGGAGCGAAAGAACCAGGAACAGCUGAAACACGAGCGUGUGUGUUACAGCAGUCAUUAUUUUGAUACGGAUAAGUUUUACGAGUUCCAUCUUAACGAGAAACAGUUUGAUGAAGACAAACCUGUGAAAAGUGUUAGUGCCAAAAGUGAAUGUGUUAAUGAAGUGGAAUUCUUCGCUGGUGUAAAGGAUUUUAAUACAGAGGAAGCGCCGUCGACUAUUAGAAGUUCGAAAGGGACCAUACGCGGGGUAAAGAACCGCGUGCGAGCUGGCAUAGCAACGUUUCUACAAAUGCAAAACACCACCAAGAGUUACAAAGAAAAAGACGCUGGCAAAGUCGUAAUCUAUACAACGACGAUGGGCAUCGUUCGUGGCACAUAUCAGCGCUGUGUCCUGGUCAAAAAAAUCCUUAGAAAUCUGCUGGUGAAGUACGAAGAAAGAGACAUUUUCAUGAGUACCGAAUACCAGGAUGAGAUAAGAGACAGAAUGAAUUGUGACCAGAUAUUGGUGCCGCAGCUUUUCGUUGAUGGACACCAUGUUGGGGAUGCUGACACCGUGGAAAAGCUUAAUGAGAGCGGCGAAUUAAGGAAAAUGCUGAAACCUUAUAAGAGUCCCGACGCUUGUAAUACCUGCCAAAUGUGUGGAGGGUUCCGUCUUCUGCCUUGCAGAAUCUGCAAUGGCUCCAAGAAGAGUCUACAUAGAAACCACUUCACAGCGGAGUUCGUGGCGCUCAAAUGCAUGAACUGCGACGAAGUUGGUCUCGUAAGAUGCGAAGCGUGCUCGUGAAAUCAUGAAUAAUACUAUUCUGUUCUAUUUUUAAGCUUAUGGCAUAUUGGAGUCUACUGUCGAAGUUUCCGGAAAACUUAGUAAAUUACACUAAAAGGCGCUUUCAAAUUAGACGCAUAUAAUAACGCUGCAUGCGCGGCGCCACUAAUUUUUAUACAAUAUUUAGAAGCGCAGUUAUAGCGUUACUGUCAUGACACGCGCGCACUACUUUUAGCGUCACAAUAAGUGUACUAUAAAUUACUGACGCGCCACAGCCGUGUCACUGUAGCGCUUCUACAAGCGUCUAAUUUGAAGGCGCCUUUAGAAAGAAAGAAGCCUGUUUUGAUUGUCAAUACAUGGUUUUUGCGGAACAGGAGGGUAACCGGCGAUCCCAGAGUCCUUAAACAGUUUUUCAUCACAAGAAACAAAUUUUCUAAUUUUAUGUAUCGUUAAAUUUAUUCCAUGGGCCAAUGACACAUAGGACUGCUAACGCGAUACAAGACAACGUGAUUGGGUAUUUAGGACCUAUUUGUACACCAGAUGUCGCGACGAGUACCAAAUAGCUAUUUUUGUAACUAAUUGUAUUUUACAUUGACAAGCUGCAAUUUAUCAAAGAUGCUCGAA